GUCCUAACUUUUGUUUUGCUUCUACGUUUUUUUCAUUUUUAUUUUUUAUUUUUUCAAUCUUCUUCCUGGUCAUCCAAUUCCAUCUUAACAACGUCGUCGGUCCCCCUGACGUACAUACCUUGUGAAAGGGAUAUAGAGAAGCUUGAUUUAAAUAAAAUAGUACCAUAUACUAAAACUAAAUCAUGGCUGUUGGGGGGUUCACGACGACCGGCGGAGGAGGACACUAUGAGGCAAAAAUCACCCCCAUUGUCAUCAUUUCUUGCAUAAUGGCCGCCACUGGCGGUCUUAUGUUUGGUUAUGACAUUGGUAUUUCUGGGGGAGUUACUUCUAUGCCUCAUUUCUUGAGAAAAUUCUUCCCGGCCGUGUAUAGGAAGACUCAGGAAGGAGAAAACAACAGCAAUUAUUGUAAAUAUGACAAUCAGGGAUUACAACUAUUUACAUCUUCUUUGUAUUUGGCUGCUUUAGUAGCCACUUUCUUUGCCUCCCACACCACCAGAAAACUAGGCAGAAAGCAUACCAUGUUACUGGCUGGAAUUUUCUUCGUUAUUGGAUCAAUUCUUAAUGCUGCUGCUAUGAACUUUGCCAUGCUUGUCUUGGGAAGAAUCUUACUCGGCUGCGGUGUCGGUUUUGGUAACCAGGCCGUGCCAUUGUUUCUUUCCGAGAUUGCACCCACAAAGAUUCGUGGGGCACUUAACAUUCUAUUCCAGCUCAACACCACAAUUGGCAUUCUUUGUGCUAACCUCAUCAACUAUGGGACUUCAAAAAUUGAUGGACAAGCAGGGUGGAGGAUAUCUUUGGGUUUGGCAGGAAUUCCAGCACUUAUGCUCACCGUUGGAUCUCUCAUUGUGACAGAGACACCAAACAGUUUGAUAGAACGAGGUCGUUUAGAUGAAGGAAAAGCCGCUCUUCAAAGAAUUAGGGGCACUGAAAAUGUAGGACCCGAAUUUGAAGACAUUGUUGAGGCAAGUCGUUUGUCUGCUGAAGUCAAACAUCCCUUCAGGAAUCUUCUCUUGCCUAAGAAUCGUCCACAAUUAGCCCUAGCAUUGCUCAUGCAGUUCUUCCAACAAUUCACUGGUAUCAAUGCCAUCAUGUUCUAUGCUCCAGUUCUGUUCAGCACCUUGGGUUUUGGGGGAGAUGCUUCCCUUUACUCUGCCGUCAUAACUGGUGCCGUCAACGUGUUAGCGACAUGCGUAUCGAUCUACAGCGUUGACAGAGCCGGACGGCGGGUUCUUCUUCUCGAAGCCGGAGUUCAGAUGAUUGUGUCUCAGCUACUAAUUGCAAUAAUAUUGGGGUUGAAACUCAAGGACCAUGACGAUGACGGCAUGUCCAGCGGGUGGGCGAUAAUCGUGGUGAUUCUGAUCUGCAUUUUCGUGGCGGCUUUCGCUUGGUCUUGGGGACCAUUAGGAUGGUUGAUCCCAAGUGAGAUAUUCCCAUUGGAGACUCGAUCUGCUGGACAGAGUGUGGCCGUGUGUAGCAACAUGGUGUUCACUUUCGUUAUUGCUCAGGCUUUUCUAUCAAUGCUCUGCCACCUUAAGUAUGCCAUUUUCGUGUUUUUCUCUGCUUGGAUCAUCGUCAUGUCGAUAUUCGUGGUGUUUUUGGUGCCGGAGACUAAGAAUGUUCCAAUCGAAGAGAUGACAGAAAGAGUCUGGAAGCAACAUUGGUUCUGGAAGCAGUAUAUGAAUUGAAUACUCGGAAGAAAAGAAGUUCCAAAAAAAAAAAAAAAUAGAGGCAAAACUAAAUUCUUUUUAGUUGCCGGACCCCAACUGGUAUAUACUUGUAAAUCAGUUGUACAAAAAAUUUCUUCAUCUUCUUCUUCUUCUAUAUAUAUAUAUGUUUUUUAA